AUGGCGCACCAAGCAAACAUUCCCGCACCAUUGUUACUCCUCAACAUCGCGGGUGAAGAAGCCACUACAGUAGCAAGUACCUUCGGGCUGUCAGAUGAAGAUGAAUUUGACUACUUGAAGCUCGUAGAGAAAUUUAAAGCCUACGCAGCACCAGAGGCGAAUGAAACUUACGUGAGAUUCAUAUUCAACAGAACAAAACAGCAGGAGGGUGAGACGUUUGAUCAUUUCCUCACUGAAGCAAAGAAGAACAUCAAGAACUGCGGAUUUGACAAACUGGAAAACUCACUGUUGAGAGAUAAAAUAGUGGAAGGAAUUCGAGACAAGAAUCUACAGCAAGCACUACUGAAGAACAACAAAUUGACUCUUGAAGUUGCCAUCAAUGAGUGUCGAGCCGCUGAGAUUAGCAAGAAGUAUUCAAAGAAGAUGCAAGAAACUGAGGUUGCUGAAGUUAAUGCAAUAAGAUUCAAGAGCAAGAAGAAACCACCAGUUAUGACUAACUUCAAGCAAAAACCAGAAGAAACCAAGACCAACUAUAAAGAAGAAAAGUGCAGACGCUGCGGGUAUCAGAGACAUGCAUACAACAAAUGCCCGGCAGUGGGGAAAACCUGUGCAAACUGUGGAAAGCCAAAUCACUUUGCAGCAAUGUGUGAUCCAGGGAGGCAGACAGUUAGAGCUCAUGAGAUCCAAACCACAACAGCAGGAGCUGAGGACAGUGAGGAAGAAUAUCAGGUGUUGUUCAGUGACUGUGUUGAAACUGUUGAGACGAGCGCUGUAGCAGAAGUAAACAGUGUUAGUCUCAAAAAGGAGUAUCGUCAGAGAGUGAAAGUUGAGAAUACUGUGAUUAACUUCAAGCUAGAUCCGGGAUCGGCAUCCUCAAUAUUGUCUAAAGAAGUGUUUGACACACUGAAGAUCAACAAGCCAUUGAAGAAGUCCAACAUAGUAGUCAAGCCGUAUGGGAAUAACUCUCCAGUGAUCACAGUGUUGGGUCAAAUCUCCCUUAAGUGCAAGGCAGGAGGACAAGAACGUGAUGUUGAAUUUCUCAUAACUGAUGACAGAGACAGAUCUUUGUUUGGCAUCCGUGACUGUGAAAAGUUUGGUAUGAUAGAAAGGAAAAUACUAGAAGUCGACUCAAACCAAACAGAGAGUCCACCAGAAGAAAGAGAAGAGUUCAUCAAGAAAAACGAAGAUGUAUUCAAAGGUAUUGGCAGCUUCCCGGGGACUCAUCCGAUUCUGAUUCGUCCAGACGCCCAGCAAGUGAUAAGACCUGCAAUAAGGAGGCCCAAGGUGAUCAACGACAAGCUGGUACCAGCACUACAGAACCUUGAAGCUGCAGAGAUUAUCGCCAAAGUAGAGCACCUGACACCAGAAUCCUGGGUAAGCAACAUUGUUGUAGUUACCAAGCCGAAUGGAGACAUUAGAAUCUGUCUAGACCCAGUAGAUUUGAAUAUGGUGAUAAUCAAAGAGCCAUAACUUAUCCCAACAAUAGACGAAAUCAGUGAAAAAUUAUGUCAUCAGAAAUUUUAUACUGUCUUUGAUCUGAAGGACGAUUUCUACCACAUAGUAUUGCAAGAAGAAUCAAGCUUUAAGUGCUGUUUUGCAACACCUGUUGGAAUUUACAGGUUUAGACGCUGCCCGUUUGGAUUGUCCUGUGCCCCAGAGCUGUUCCAGAAGCUAAAUGACCGAAUCUUUGGAGAAUUGAAGAACACAAUCCGCUACUUUGACGACAUCCUGGUCUACGGGAAGAGUGAGCUGGAACAUGAUCAAGCAGUGAGCGCAGUCAUCCAACGAGCACGAGAGAAAGGAGUGAAGUUAUACCCCAAGAAAUUGCAGUACCGACUAAAAUCAGUAAGCUCCUGUCCUCGCCAACUUCGAUCCGGAAAAGAAGAUCAUCAUCCAGUGUGAUGCUUCGCAGUCAGGACUUGG